AUGGAGCAGAGUAACGUGCCAAGUACAAGCGCUGGUGUUUCUCACGUAACGGAAAUGGAGGAAGUCUUUUUGACUACCUUGUUUCUGGUUGCGUUUCCAUCGGUUGAAGCGUUAAAGACCACUAUCACAAAUUUGGAAAGGUCGACUUACAGUCAUUAUGUAGUGAGAGAUUCGCAUAUUGGCAGAGAUCAAAAAUCGCACAUUAAAUUUGUGUGUUGGCGAAAUGGGCGUAUAAGAUCUAGCGGUUCGUCACAACGUCUUAGACGGAGGAGGGCUUCUAUGAACACCCAAUGUCCGGCCUUCAUGUUUUGUAAGGUUAUAGACGGCUACUGGACUGUUGUCCGUGGGAAUGUGCAUCACAAUCACGAGUGCAGUUCCCUGAGGUACCAAGGUAAUUCAUGGGUGCGCAGGUUGACGGAUGGGGAGUUUGAAACUGUGAGACCGCUGCUAAUAUCUGGUACCGCUGCAUUCCGCAUAAAGAAUUUUGCUUACCAAUCUUAUGGGAAACGUCUGAGUGAUCAAGAUGUCUGUAAUAUGCGGUACAAAGUGUUCUCACACGCGAACCUUCCAGGUAAGCAAUCUGCCAAUUUAUAAUAUACACUAUAGGUGAUUACGGGAAAUUGAAAGCUCACAUAACAUCCUUGGGUGGGCUUUGCGAAUACGAAUUGGACGAUGAGAACUGUCUAUCGUAUUUCUUCUUCAUGACUGCUGAGCAACUGAAUUUGGUCGGUCACUUUUGUGACGUAACUGGUUUUGACGGGACGUACAAAACGAAUAACGAGAACGUCCAUUUAUAUCAAGUCGUUGCCCUUGAUAUGAAUUUUAAGGCAAUACCCAUCUGCAUUGCCUUCUUAAGUCGCGAAACGUCAACAUUAAUUUCUGUAUUCCUGCGUUUUUUCCAACGGUGUACCAACAGUCAACAGCUGGUAGGCAUUGUGACCGAUGAUUCACCUGCAAUUGCUGCUGCUAUUACGCAGGUGUAUCCGGAUGCACACCAUAUUCUGUGUCGCGUACACCUUGUUCGGAAUGUGAUAAAGAGGGUAAAUGUUUCGUUCAUUAACAUUAACCCAGUAACCGUUAUUGUAGAGGGUGCGAUCAGAAAUUGUACAACUGUUCUUUCGCCUCAUGUUCACUCGAACGGUUGAAAGGUAAAUCGAAAUCUAUAUAACAUGAUUUUGUAGUUUUAACAACGUACUUUCGUUAAUCGAAAUGUCGGAUGGAACGUUUGGCAGAUACGUCAGAGACCACCUUCUACCACGGAAACACAAAUGGUCCACUGCUUAUCGACUGCCAUCCACCCUCUUUGAACUGAACAAUACGAACUUCGUGGAGACGAGUCACCGAGUCUUGAAGAUGUAUCACCUUAGUCGAAAAACACCGGUUCUCAGAUCCAUUUUCAAUGUGCUGCUUCGUACUGGAUAUUGGAUGGAAGCAAGAGUACAUAAAUAUUCAACGGAUUGUCGGGGGAAAGCCGAUAUUGGUGAGGAGCCACCAAUCAACGAUACCUAAAUUUUUCAUUCACACCCUACAAUUUUUUUAAAAUGGGUGGUAGGGAAUCAUAUUGGCCGGU